AGUGUUCUCCUCAUUGUUCUUGGCAUUUUUCUGGGUGGAAUUGUAUAUGCAGCCGACCAUAUUGCCUCCUUCACCCUUACACCAACAGUCUUUUUCUUCUACUUAUUGCCACCCAUUGUGUUAGAUGCAGGAUACUUCAUGCCAAACCGACUAUUCUUUGGCAACUUAGGGACAAUUCUUCUAUAUGCUGUCAUUGGGACUAUCUGGAAUGCUGCUACCACAGGCUUCUCCCUUUAUGGAGUCUAUCUUAGUGGAAUAAUGGGUGAACUUCAUAGUGGAUUGCUUGAUUUUCUCCUGUUUGGCAGUUUAAUAGCUGCAGUGGAUCCUGUUGCUGUGCUCGCUGUGUUUGAAGAAGUUCAUGUCAAUGAUAUUCUUUUCAUAAUUGUUUUUGGAGAAUCACUGCUCAAUGAUGCUGUAACUGUGGUGCUGUAUAAUGUGUUUGAGUCUUUUGUUUCAAUAGGAGCUGAAUAUGUGACUGGCGUGGAAUGCAUAAAAGGCAUAGUAUCUUUCUUUGUGGUGAGCCUUGGAGGUACUUUUAUUGGCAUUAUGUUUGCAUUUCUACUCUCGCUUGUCACUCGUUUCACAAAGCAUGUCAGAAUAAUUGAGCCUGGAUUUGUAUUUGUCAUUUCGUAUCUCUCCUAUUUGACAGCUGAGAUGCUCUCAUUAUCUGCCAUCCUUGCGAUAACAUUCUGUGGUAUCUGCUGUCAGAAAUAUGUCAAAGCAAAUAUUUCAGACCAAUCUUCUACCACCGUGAGGUACUCCAUGAAAAUGUUAGCAAGUGGUGCCGAAACUAUUAUUUUUAUGUUCCUGGGAAUUUCUGCUGUUAACCCUAAAAUUUGGACUUGGAACACUGCUUUCAUACUCCUGACACUGGUUUUCAUCUCUAUCUAUAGAAUCAUUGGUGUAAUUCUACAGACUUGGAUUCUAAAUCGCUAUCGAAUGGUACAGCUGGGAAUAAUAGACCAAGUAGUAAUGUCAUAUGGCGGUCUCCGUGGUGCUGUUGCUUUUGCCUUAGUCGUACUUUUGGAUGAAAACAAAGUGCAAGAUAAAAACUUGUUUGUCAGCACAACUAUCAUAGUUGUAUUUUUCACUGUGAUAUUCCAGGGUUUAACAAUCAAGCCUUUAGUGCAGUGGUUAAAAGUGAAAAAAAGUGAACACAGAGAACCCAAACUGAAUGAGAAGCUCCACAGCAGGGCCUUUGAUCAUAUUCUUUCAGCUAUAGAAGAUAUAUCUGGUCAAAUAGGACACAAUUAUUUGAGAGACAAUUGAUUUUAUAGUACUGGAGGUAUGAGUGGAAAUCACUUAUCUUUCUGUAUGGAAGAAGCAAACGGCAACAAGUCUUCUAAGACUAAUGAGAGAUGAUCUAAUCAUAUUGAACUUAAAUGAUCUAAUCAUAUUGAACUUUUACCAAAAGACUGUACAUAUUAUCAACUCAACAAGAUUUUAUAUCUUCAUUUUAUUUUUAUUACAUUUUGUAUAUAACUCUCAGCUUUCUAUGCUAAAAGUUUAGAAAUCCCCCC